CGAGCCAGCCCAGCUCCGGCGCCAGCGCCUCCUCCCCCGCCCUCCCGGCCCCUCCGCUCACUCACUCACUCACUCACGCGCCUCCCGCCCGCUCACGCUCUGCCCCUUCCUCCCCCCUCCCCAGUCCCCUCCCCCCCGCAGUGUGUGUGCGUGCGUGCGUGUGGUGUGUCUGUGUGUGUGUCUGUGUGUGUGUGGUGUGCGUGUGCGGGUCACCGGGUCACUGGGUCAUUGUCUCCGCGCUCGAGCCCCAGCACCCCGUGGAAUCCCCCACGUCACAAUCAGAACCAUCAAUGAGAUGCAAACAUGAAAGACAAGAGGAAGAAGAAGGACCGCACCUGGGCCGAAGCAGCCCGCCUGAGUAGGAUGUGAUGUCAUAGAGAAGGGGAAAGGGCUAUCCAAAUUCUCUCAAUUGCUGGGAGGAGCUGCCCAGGUGUGCUGAGGGGCCUGUACUCAGGAAGAGAAACAGGGAGUCCUCCACACCUUCAAUUCAGCUCUCCACUGUCGUCUCCAGCCAGGACCAGUUUCGUUCACCUCCCAGACCUUUCUAGUGCAGCCCAUAUUUCUACAUUCUUCUUUAGAAGAACUGAAAAAAAGCAAAUAGCAUUAGAAAAACAUCCCAACUCACCAAUGACUGCAAAACAGAUAUUGGAAGUCAUUCAAAAAGAAGGAUUAAAAGAAACAAGUCUGGUUUCAGAACCCAGCGUGGCUUGGAGACAGCGUUGGUGUGUUUGAAGGAUGAUCCUCCUCGAGUGCUGGAUUUGAGACAACUUUCCAUGCUGAUUAUAUUAGAGCCUCAGCUGCUUUCGUGUUGGUCAUGAGGUGAUGCUGAACCGAAUGCUUGAACUAGCUCAAGUGGAUGGGAUUACAUUGGAGUGGUUCCGUUCAUUCUUUCCGGUGGGACUUCUCCAUUAGCCUGUCUGAAUGCAAUGCUUCAUACCAACACUCGUGUAGGGGAUGGGACAUUCUUCAAAAUCCCUGGAAAAUCAGGACUUUAUGCUCUUAAAAAAGAAGAAUCUUCAUCCCCAGCUGAUGGAACAUUGGAUUUAGGCUGUGAAUCUGAAUUAGAUGGCACCGAAAUGGCUGAAGCAAACAACAGUAAUGGAGAAGAAAAUGGAGUUUGUACAAGACAAGUAUCAGAAGAAGCGUCUUCCAACCGAGACUCGAGCCUUACAAAUACAGCAGUACAAAACAAGUUAGUGUCUUCCUUCCAGCAACACACCAAAAAGGCUCUUAAACAGGCUUUGAGACAGCAGCAGAAAAGAAGAAAUGGAGUCUCAAUGAUGGUAAACAAGACUGUUCCUCGUGUUGUUUUGACACCAUUAAAGGUGUCUGAUGAGCAGUCGGAUUCACCUUCAGGAUCUGAAUCUAAAAAUGGUGAAGCUGACAGUUCAGAUAAAGAAAUGAAACAUGGGCAAAAAUCUCCCACUGGGAAACAAACAAGUCAGCACUUAAAAAGAUUGAAAAAGUCUGGUUUAGGACACUUGAAAUGGACCAAAGCUGAGGAUAUUGACAUAGAAACACCAGGAUCUAUUCUUGUGAACACUAACCUGAGGGCAUUAAUAAACAAACACACGUUUGCUUCCUUACCUCAACAUUUUCAGCAAUACCUCCUGCUUUUGCUCCCAGAAGUAGAUAGACAGAUGGGAAGUGAUGGAGUUUUACGCCUCAGUAGUUCUGCCCUAAAUAAUGAAUUCUUUGCAUAUGCAGCACAAGGAUGGAAACAGCGAUUAGCAGAAGGAGAGUUUACCCCAGAAAUGCAAUUGCGGUUAAGGCAAGAAAUUGAAAAGGAAAAGAAAACAGAACCUUGGAAAGAGAAAUUCUUUGAAAGGUUUUAUGGAGAAAAGCUGGGUAUGUCAAGAGAAGAAUCAAUGAAGCUCACUUCAGUUGAAAACAGUGAUGGUGAUGAAAAUACUUCCUUGUAUGGGUCUUCAUGUUUGCCUGGUCCUUCUACACCAUCAUCCUUUGAAGAGCACCUACCCAAAAGCACAAAAAUCCCACCUUCUCCAGAAACUGAUUUCUGUGCUUCCAUGGAACAGGUCCCAAUUAAGAAUAUCAUGGCCGAAUCUGAGUCAGAGGACAUUUUGAUCCCUGAAGAAUCUGUGAUUCAAGAAGAAGUUGCAGAAGAGGUAGAAACCACUAUCUGUGAAUGCCAGGAUGAAAAUCUUAAGACAGAACCAGAGUUUUCAGAAGAAGCUGGGAGCCCUCCAAUUCUAGGUGAAGAAGCAGAGAUAGUGCCUAUUGAAGAAAGUGUAGAAGCCUGUGUCGUGAUGAAUGAAAUCUUAGAUACAUUGCCUCAUAUUGAAAUUAAGGUGGAAGAGAAAUUGGAAUGCCCCCAGGAAGAAAUGGCUGUUGUUAUUGAUCAGCUAGAUGACUGUGAAUCCCCAGUCCCUUCUGUUUCCUCCAUGAAUUUUGUAGGUGAUACAUCAGAAAAGGAACCAGAGUCUGCAAAGGAGCCCAGUAUCCCAGAAACACAUGGAAUUCCUCCUGCCACAGAAGGAUUGUUUCCAGCUGAAGGUGUUGCUGUGGAUAUGGAACUCCAGAGUGAUCCUGAUGAACAGCUUUCUGAAAAUGCUUGUGUCUCUGAAACAUCCUUCUCUUCAGAAAGCCCAGAGGGAGCUUCCACUAGUCUGACAUCCCCAGGUGGGGAAACACAGUCCACUUCAGAAGAGCCCUGUACUCCAGCAUCCCUCGAAAUAACUUUUUGUUCUGAGGUGUCCAGCACUGAAAACACUGACACAGAUAGUAAUAGAAAGCCUCCUGAUGAAAAUCUUCAUGCAAAUUUGAUGUCAGAGAUAUCUCCAAUGUCCACUUCUCCUGGAACAUCAGAAACAUCCCUCAUGUCCAAUUUACCUUUGACAUCAGAAGCCUCCCCAGUAUCUAAUUUGCCUUUAACAUCAGAAACAUCACCAAUGUCUGAUUUGCCUUUGACAUCAGAAACUUCUUCAGUGUCUUCAGUGCUUCUGACAUCAGAGACUUCACUUGUAACUAGUUUGCCUGUUCCUUCAGAAACAUCUCCAAUUUCCAGUUCUUCCAUGAGUGAGAGGCUCAUCCAUCAGCCAAGAAAGUCACCUUCUUUGUCUGAAGAGCCACUUUCUCCUCUCAAAGAUGAAAAUUCUACCCUUUCUCAACCUGUGGGAGAGAGCCUUAUUUCUCACCAGACAAUGCAUCAGAGUACACCUGAAACUAUCAAAAUGGAUCCACCUCCUGUUGCUCCUGAAACUUCUAUAGCUGAGGAUGCCCACAGUAAAAACCUGAAUCAGCAACCAUGUCAAUCUCCUACAGAAACAGAACAGUCUGGUGUUGCAUCUGUUUUAGAACUCUCUCCUCCAGAAGGAACAAAAGUUAAAAGUCAUAAUGUCCAGCAAAGAGUUGAAAAGAAAGGUACAUCCUCACCAUCCGAGGGAUCUCUUUCAUCUGAAGGCACCGUGGGUAAGAACAGUGAGCUUCCUCCAGCUAAGUCACAUGAUAAACAGUAUACCUCAUUAGAUAAAGCUUCAUUUUCUGAAGGAUCUCGAAGUAAAACACACAAGCAGGGGAAUACACAGACUCGAUUGGAGAGUUCACAUUCCUCUAAGUCCUCAGAACCUGCCAAGUCACCUGAAGGGAUAAGAAAUGAAAAUAGGGAACCAGAGAUCUCAAAGAGGAAAACUGUAGAACAGCACAGUUUUGGAAUCUGUAAGGAGAAGAGAGCUAGAAUAGAAGAUGAUCAGACAGCACGUAGUGCUUCAGCUUCCAGUCCGAUUGAAAAAGAGCAGCCUCCACGAGAGGAGCCCAGGGUACCACCUCUCAAGAUCCAGCUAUCAAAAAUCGGGCCACCUUUCAUUAUCAAGAGCCAGCCAGUCUCUAAACCAGAGUCUAGAACAUCCCCAAGCACCUCAAUUAGUGGAGGGAGGAACACAGGUGCCAGAACCCUUGCAGAUAUCAAGGCAAGAGCCCAGCAAGCUCGAGCUCAGAGAGAGGCUGCCGCAGCAGCAGCAGUAGCUGCUGCAGCAAGCAUAGUCUCAGGAGCUAUGGGAAGCCCAUGCGAAGGUGGGAAGACCAGGACCCUGGCGCACAUCAAAGAACAAACAAAGGCCAAGCUCUUUGCAAAGCAUCAAGCCAGAGCACACUUACUCCAGACAAAUAAAGAAGCCAGGUUACCACAGCUUAGCUCAAAGGAUGGGCCUCCAGCUUUGGAAGUUUCAGCUAUUCCUGAUGCAAAGAUGGAAGGUUCAACUGGUGUCAUUAUAGUGAAUCCAAACUGCAGGUCUCCUAGCAACAAGUCUGUUCCUCUGCGGGAGGCUACCACUUUACUGCAGUCAUCACUUAAUCCUUCUAAGGUACCAGAAACUGCUCCUGACAUAUCUCUGCACAGUUCUGAUGAAAAUAUACCCAUGUCGCAUUUGUCUGAGAAAGUUGUUUCAUCUACCUCUUCUGAAAAUAGUGGUAUGCCCAUGCUUUUUAAUAAAAAUUCUGUCCCUGUGUCUGUUUGCAACACUGCCAUGUCAGGAACAAUUAAAGAACUUUCCUUUGCGAGUUCUGUUGAUAAAUCCUCUCUUUUAAUGUCUGUUGACAGUGCAAAUACUUCAGGCUCUGCAUGUAACUUGAGUAUGUUAAAAACCAUCCAGGGAGCUGAUACAACAUGUGUAGCUGUUGUACCAAAAUGUAUUGAUAAUGCUCCCAUUCCAACUUCCACAGAGGGUUCAGUCUUAUCAAACUCUGUUGAUGAUAAAAGGUUGCCAAUAGCAAACAAUAGUGCUAUUAAUAAUUUAGUCUCCAGUCAAUAUACCACUGUGCCAUCUCCCUCCAUUGGAAAUAAUUUGCCAAAUCAUGCCCCUCCCAGCUCUGUCCUGAUUCCCCCAGUGGGAGCCAAUGGCAGAUUUCCUUCUGAGAAGAUAGCCAUGCCUGGGUGCGAUGAGCAAGCCAGCAUGUCUGUGAGCACCACUGUGAGAGCAGCUUUGAGCUGCGGUGAUCGAGUUGCGGUCACAGACUCUUCAGCUAAAUGCCCACCUAUUGCUAUGUUUACUGGAAACAUGCUAACAAUAAGCUCUUUUGACAGCCCUACCAAGCUGGGUCCUGAAAGCUUGGAAAAAAAUACAGGUGUCAGAAGUAGGACGGAUCACUCUGGCAAACCUCCACACCCCACUGGAGGCUAUGCACCAGCAGCAGCGAACAGAUCGAUUCCCUGUAAAGUCAUCGUCGAUCACAGUGCCACACUGAGCUCCGGCUUAUCACUCACUGUUUCCAUCGAAAGUGCAGAAACUGGCCUGGACAUGCAGGGCAGGCCAGCCAGGACGGAAGCAGCCUUACCAAACGUGGCAUGCCCUCAAGUCUCUGUCAUCAACAGGCCUGAGCCGGUGACCAGUGAAAACGUGGAACACAGUCUGGGCUUCAUCGCCACUCCACCAUCAAGGCAAGACAGCAAACCACUGACUCCCUCUUGUGCCCAUCUCCGAGAAUUAUCUCUUGCUUCUCCUGAUAAAGGAGGGGAGGGGAGCACACCUAGUCACGGCUUUACUGAACCCUGUCCUGGCCCCUCUGCUUUCAAAAGUGAACCUGACACUACCUGUAGCAAUCAGUAUAAUACGGGUAACCUGAUCUGCUGGAACAGCGAUGAUGUGAUGAGUACGGAACCUCCCACACCCAGCCAUUCGACUACUACACAGAAACACAAGGAGUACCUGGAGCAGAAUUGCCCCAAAACAAUCAAAAUGGAGCAUUCCACCUAUGCCCAUGUCUCCGAGUUGCAUCCUAGGAAUCUUAUGGCAAAAAUUAAUCUUCCUGUGAAGUCAGAAGCCCCCGAAGUUGACAAGUGCUUUAGAAUGGACACUGAAGAUUUCCCCAUACCAGAAAUGCCUCCCCAGGCUGAGGUAGCUGCCCCAAGUAUACAGCAGACCCCAAUCUCCAAGACAUCUGUCUCUAGUUCCGUGGAAGAGACUCUGUCAUUGGCCACAGAAUCAAUAAAGAGAGUGCCAGGUGGGGGAAGCUCAAGCUGUCGUCUGUCCUCUGUAGAAGCCAACAAUCCCCUUGUAACACAGUUAUUACAAGGCAACCUACCUUUAGAAAAGGCACUGCCGCAGCCGCGAUUAGGAGCCAAGCUAGAGAUUCACCGGCUUCCCUUGCCUCUGCAGACUCCCUCUGUGUGCAAAACAGCCUCUGAGAGGAAUAUAGUUGAAACUCCUGCUAGCUCUCCAAAUCCAGAUGGUAAGGGCUACUUGGCAGGGACUCUCGUGCCACUGCAAAUUAGAAAGCGAGAAAACCACCCUAAAAAGAGAAUGGCCAGGACUGUGGGGGAACAUGCUCAAGUGAAAUGUGAGCCAGGAAAGCUGCUGAUGGACACAGAUGUUAAAGUGGCACCAUGUGUCAUCAACUCCAACAUGAAUCAAUUGGGGCACAGCCAGCCUUUUAAGCAAGAGUGGAUGAGCAAACACACAGUCCCAAGCAGGAUUGCUCACAGCCCCGAGAUCAAGCAGCAGAAGAGGCUGCUCCCCUCCUGUAGCUUCCAGCAGAAUUUGUUCCAUGUUGACAAGAACGGCAGCUUUCACCCGGAUGCUAGUACCUCACACCGACAGCAGUUCUACCAAAUGCCUAUGGCCACACGAGGCCCCAUUCCUUCAGCUGCUAUGUUGCAGGCCUCUUCCAAGGCCACAGCUGGCUGCCAUGCAUUUGCCUUCAACAGGCACCUGGAACAGAAGGGCUUGGGAGAGGUUGGAAUUGCAACAAGCUCUCACCAGUUAAGGAUGGCCAGUGUGUUAUCACCCAGUAUCCCCAUUAAAGAGGGUGAUGACAUAGGCAGCACUGCCCAUGCCAUCCAGAAUAAAGCCUUGGUUCACCCCCCUCCCCCACCACCCUUACCCCCACCCCCUCCACCCCCACCUCCUCCCAUACCGCCUUCCCUUCCUAAUGCAGAAGUCCUCUCUGAUCAAAAGCAACCACCAGUUACUAUGGAAACCACUAAAAGACUUAGUUGGCCACAGCCAGCCAGCAUAUGUAGCAAUAUAAAAUCUGAACCUCUUUCUUUCGAGGAAGGCCUGAGCAGCUGUGAACUGAGUAUGAAGCAAGUGUCUUAUGACCAGAAUGAAGUGAAAGAACAGUUAAAAGCCUUUGGGCUAAAAAAUGCAGAUUUCUCUUCUUAUAUACUUUCUGAGCCACAAAAGCCUUUUACCCAAUUAGCUGCUCAGAAAAUACAGGUGCAGCCACAGCAGCAGCAGCAGCAGCAGCAACAGCCACCACCGCAGCAGCAGCAGCCACCACCGCCGCAGCAGCUCUGUGGAAAUUACCCAGCUAUACAUUUUGGGAGCACAAGCUUCAAAAGGGCAGCUUCUGCAAUUGAAAAGUCCAUUGGCAUUUUGGGAAGUGUUUCUAGCACUGCUACAGGCCUCUCUACCCAGAAUGCUCAGAUUCCAGUUCAAAACUUUGCUGACAACAGCAAUGCAGAUGAGCUGGAGUUGAAAUGUUCUUGCAGGCUGAAAGCCAUGAUUGUGUGCAAGGGCUGUGGAGCCUUCUGCCACGACGACUGCAUAGGCCCUUCCAAACUCUGUGUAGCCUGCCUGGUUGUCCGAUAGGAGCCAAGUUCAAGGUGCAGUAUCCCAUUCCCCGUGGAGGAACUCAACAGUGGAAAUAGAAAUUAAGUCAUCAUAGUGCUUUCUUUCAUUUAAUUUAUUUUGGUGGAGAUUAUAUUCUUCAUGGUUGAAUUCCUUUCAUCCUUCCCCCCUCCCUUGCCUUAUUAUAUCUCUUGUAAAGAAAAGGAUGCAUCACAUCAGAAAUGUCUCAGUGGCAUGUUGUGUGUAGGUUUUAUUUAUUUAUUUUUUUGGUAAGCUUGGUUGCCAUGAUAAAAGAGGGUAUUGAGAAGUAUCAUUCCCAGCUUUGGAAACAAUCUGCCAAUGCGGACACAUUGUAUUUGUUUUCCUAUGUAGUAGAUCUGAAAUGCCCUGAGAUAAAAAAUUAGGAUAUGUUCAUUUGAUUUAUUUCAACAGAAAAUGAAGUCAGGAGAGGAACAUACUUAUUUAAGAUGGUUUAGAAUUUUACCCCAAAUUACCUUUACUGUGUGUUAUGCCCAGUCAUAUUAACUGGGGGAGGGAUCUGACUUAAAGGUAUGACUAGAGAGUUGUUUGCUUGCUGGGCCUCAUACAAGAUAUUAAUAGAGGUAAGAGUUUAAUGAAAAUAGCUAUUCCUAUUGAUCUCCCCAUUUAGCCCUCCCAGAAGCUAUUAAUAUGGUAGAAGAGCUGAGCCUAUUAUGAGAUUUGCACAGGCUUAUCCAUCUGGGAAAAAAUGUAUCCAUCCUCCUUAUAGAGCCAAUAAUGUGACCUUGGCUAUCCCAAUUUAUUUUAGUUCAAGGGUAGCCAGCUCUUGGCCCCAAUAUUAUAUGCUAUUCUUCAGAGCUUCAUGCAUGGCCCUUGAAGCAAGGUGAAAAAAAAAAUCCCUCCAAUUAAAAUAUUUCACAUAUAGAUGAAUAAAUGGAUAAAUAUGGCAAAUGUUUUCCACUUUAUUCAGUAUAAUACAUUCAUUAGCUAUUAGAAUUUGAAGGGAAAGAUAAAAAUGGCCCUUCAUCAAUGACACUUGAAUUCUGACUUCUCUUCUUAGUCAAUCCAGGCACUAUCUUUUAAGGUGACAUUGAUUAUGAAAGAGAAUGUCAGAUUAUAGAGGGCUGUUAGUAGAAAACACUUAAAAAAUGAUUCUCAUUUUUUACUCUCUGUAUAAAUAUAUUUGACUCUGAAUUUAUAAUCCUUAUUUUAAAAAUUACUUCUAGAUAAUGCAUGCUUAAAUUUUUUUUUCUUAAUUUAAUUCCAGACAUUGUUAGUGUCGGGAGUGGGAGUGCUUUUUUGAAAAAGGGAUACUGUAUCUUUAAAAUGAUCAUCAAUAUUUAACCAGUACAAUAUGCAUGUUGAGGACUCUGUAGCUACUUUCCAAAAGCUUUUGCUACCAUCGCAUCUGAAACAGUUGUAAUUUGGGGGCUCUAGUCACGAAAGCACAUAAAAAGGCACAUGCAAAUUGUAGGAAGAAAAAAUAAAUGUAUCCUUUUUUACUCCAAAUUGGCAAAAAAUUUGGAGUGCAGUGAGCUUAUCCACUAAUGUGGCUGUGACCACUAAAAUAAACACAAAAAACAUAGGAGAAAUGGUAAUCUAUAUCUAGGUAGGACCACCUGGCUGUUUACAUGUGGGAUUAUCUUAAUAAUGUAAAUGCUACACCAUUCCCUUAGAGUUUGAGUGGACUGAAAAGAGCAACUUAAUAUUCUAAAAUGUUUUCCCUCAUAUUUAUUAUUAUGAUGUUGCCAAAUUCCUUUUGUUAUGUGAUACAGUAGUCAGUUUUGAUUAAGGAAAAUUGCUGAAUAUGGAAAGAUACUUUCUCUACAAAUGCCUCCUUUUGUGAAGUAAUUCCGCUUUUCAGUACUUCUGCUACUAUUUCCCCUAAAACUGAUCAUUGAAGAAGUUAGGAGUGCACUUAAUCCAUUCCAAAGGAAUAAGGAUAGACUUCAGAAGAUCCUUAAGCUCCUCUUGUAUGCCAAGCUUCAGUUUAGUAGUCUCUUUUGUUUUGUAUCACAUCAUAUUGUAUUUAACCUUUCGAAGGAUCAGAGCAAAGCAUGUCAUUUUCUGGGUGAACAGAAUGACCACAAGGACACACUAGUGUAUCUUACUGUGAACACUCCCUAGGAAACAGGGAAUAUACAUUGCCUAGUUCCAAACUCUUUGGCUACUAUGUGGGUGUGAUGCUCUUUAUACCAGCAGAUUGAAAAGUACUGUAGCAGUGACUGAUAUGCAGUGUUGAGAGAAGUUAUAACCAACAGAACAUUUGCACUUUGUAUGUGAGAUAUGAAUGCAACUGAUGUGAUACUAAAUUCAUUCUUACCAGCUCAGUCAUUUUUGUAUAUUGCUUGCAAGCGGCUUUUGGGGGAUGAAGAAAAGUGUCCUUCUGUAUUUUUUAUUUUUCAUUGACUAGGUUUUAUGAAUCUAUUGGUGGUUAUGUGUGUAGUCAUUCUGUAGCCUAAAUCGGAGCGCAAUCAAGUUCAGAGUUAACUUUUGCUGAUUUUUGCCUCUUCUUGCCCAUUCUGGUUUUGCUCCAGUUUAGUCUCCUAGCCUGUGCUUAUGCAGUUUGGUGUCACUGAGCAGCUAUGUUCACACACUAAGAAAUAGUGAGAUUAAAAAAAUAAUAAGCAACAUGAAAGGGUCAGAUAUUCUGCAGGUAUCUAUUCAGUGCAUAUAGAAGAGCUGUCGAAUGCAAAUUAGGCUAGUGGGGUUUCACUUUACUUAUUUGCACCAGCUGCCGAGUUUGAGUACAGAUGGAGUGAUUGGCCCAUUUCCUUCAUGGUUUAUGUUCAUUUGUAGGCUUUGGUAUGUGCCCUGCCAGAUACCUGUGGACUAUUGCCCCCUAAUGUGUCCCCAUCAGGAACAAAAAUAUUUGCACACUUGCCUUUUGUUUGUUUGUUUUGUUUUCCUUUCUUCUUAAAAAAAAUCCUAAGUAGCACUUUUGGAGCAGGGGAAGGAAGAAAAGUUACUUUCCCGCCCUCACCUCCUUCAUGAUAUGCAUAUACCUGAGUUGUAUAAUGACAGUAAGGUACUGAGGAGCAUACUAGGAAGUGUGUCCUACUACAAAAUUGAUUUCCAAUAUAAAGAUUCUUUUCUUCCCCAGAGUGAGAAUACUAGAAGGUUUGGUGAACGGAGCACCCUAUUUAUGUGUUGUUUACUCGCUGAGACGUAGUCCAUGGUAAAUAAAGACUAAGUUGAAGAAAAUAAGACUACUGAGGUUGGACCUCUUUACUCAGCAGACUCCCUGUGGUCGCCUGUGUUGUAUGGGUGAGCUAUAGAAUGUCUAGUUGACUUCUUGAUCUUAGAGUUCCUUACUCAGUUUAACAAAAAAGCAGAAUAAUCUAGUGCAUAUGGUGCUUUCCAAUGCCAUCAGGGGUAAAAGUACUCUAUGCUGCAGCCCCAUUCCUUUUACAAACACAUGCACAAUUUCAGAGCUCUCGUAGCCUCUGGUUUAACAGUUCCUACAAGGUAUGGUAAAGUACCGAGAUAAACACUUGAAUGCUGGCCAAGCUCAGAAGCUCCGUCAUCUCCACAAGAUGCAGGCCCAUGACCAUCUCAUCUCCCAGGUGCAAAGUGCCCUGUUGAAACUGCAGAACAUGUGUAGACAUUCUGUGACAGUAGCAAAGUCGUCUGGUCAUCAUCCAUAUGUUUUCAGAGAAUGACGUGGACAGUCCUAAAGACAGUACUUGACUGUCAUGGGCCUGUGUAGCUAAAAUGUUUCCUGAAUUUUAGAAUCCUGUCUUCAGCCCUCAUGUGUUGUCACUGUCAAACCAACAGAAAACAUUUUUUUAGUCUAAUUUAAAGGAGCUGCUUUUUUUAUAGCACAUACUAUUUCUCUUUGUACUAUAUUUGAUAGUUACAGAAUAAUUUAGUCUGUAGAAUAACUUUGUUGUAUUUGUACUGUAAAUGAAUGUUACAAAGAAAGUGCUUUACUUGGUUGCCAUAAUUCUCUUGUACUGCUGUAAAAUAUUCCACACCCACACCAUUCCUUACUUCACAGAAACCUAAUCUGAUUCACAUUUUCAGUACAGGGUUUUGUGUGUGUGUUUGUAUGUAUGUAUGUGUGUGCGUGCGUGCACGCGUGUGUGUAUUUUUCUUUUUUUCGUUGUCAGUAUUCUGAAUGUUUACAUCUGUUUGACAUUAGCCAUUUAAUGCCUUUUUUAAAAGGCGGUAUUACUCCUACAGUAUAACAGCAAAAUGUGAAAUCAACCCAAACAUAACAUGCAUGAUAAAUACAGACUUGGGGUGAAUGCCCCUGCACCAUACAUAGACAUUUUAUAUCAGCAUACAGAAAAAAAAGUAAACCCUCCUUCAGACCUCUACCAAAGAAAAUACUAUUCCCACAGGAAAAAAAAUAAAAACAAAACUCAGAAAUGGUUUGCAAAAUCCUCAGAAGGGGGAGCAGUUGAUUUCAAUGGGACUGCUACAAUUUAAUACUGUAUUAUGCUUGCUUUGAUACCUGACUAAAUGUGACUGCGUGCAAGAAGCAUUUUAACACUUUUUUUAGACAGUAUUUUGUUUAAAAUUCAGGGAUCAUGCAUUCUUUAAUGGUGCUGUUUGUUUUUUAUUUGUUUUUUUUUCUACAAAAAAAGUGUUGCCUACAAAAGUGACUGCUCACAAUACCAUAAGUUAAAAUGAAAUGUUUGUCUUUUUCAUGUUUCUCUGUUUUCCCUCUCCCUAAAGUAACAAUUUGGGCUUCAAUAUUAAAAUAUUCUGAAGAAAAUAAAGAAGUUAAAUAUAAA